UGUUUCUAGGACCAAGUUGUGCGAAUGAGUGACUGAUGCCAACUUCGCUUCUUCAGGGCAGAAUGGGUGUGCGUCCCCUGCUCCUGCUUCUCGCCGUGGCCCUCGGGGCCGUGGCCCUCGGGGCCGCAGCCGAGACCGAGCCGCCCCCCACAGACUUUCCAAGUACCACUACCACACCAACUACCACCUCUCAGCAAUCCUCCACCAGCAACACGACACCAACAAAAGAAACCACCACUUCAACAACAACAACAACAACAACAGCAGCAGCAACAACAGCCGGCUCAGCUCCAAAUACUACCCAACAACCCGCUGGUUCCAGUACAACGGAUUCUUCUUCUACCUUAAAUGAAUUGACCACCACCCCUACUCCCAUCCAGACGAUUACUACCCAGCUGACAACGUCGCUGUCUCCUUCACCCAGCACAGUGCUGACCACAUCUACCAGCCCUCCCACAGAACCUGAAGAGCCUGAUGACUCUGAAGAUAUGCCAAUAAUCGCUGUGAUGGUGGCGCUGUCGUCCCUCCUGGUCAUCGUCUUCAUCAUCAUCAUCCUCUACAUGCACAGAUUUAAGAAGUACAAGCAAGCAGCAAGCCAUUCCAACACCUUCAGACUGAGCAAUGGCAGAUCGGACGAUACAGAACUCCAGAGUGUGCCUCUAUUGGCUCGGUCGCCCAGCACAAACAGGAAGUACCCACCCAUUCCCGUGGACAAACUCGAGGAAGAAAUGAACCGUCGCAUGGCCGAUGACAACAAGCUCUUCAGGGAGGAGUUUAAUGCACUGCCGAUCUGUCCCAUUCAGGUAUCAUGUGAUGCAGCUUCCAAAGAGGAGAAUAAAGAGAAGAACAGAUACAUCAACAUCAUGCCAUACGAUCACUCCAGGGUGCAUCUCUCUUCUCUGGAAGGAGUCCCCGAUUCUGACUUCAUCAAUGCUUCCUUUAUAAAUGGGUACGAGGAGAAGAAUCGGUUUAUUGCAGCUCAAGGACCCAAGGAGGAAACAGUAAAUGACUUCUGGAGGAUGAUUUGGGAGCAGGAAACAGUCACCAUUGUCAUGGUGACCAAUCUGAAGGAGAGGAAAGAGUGUAAGUGUGCGCAGUACUGGCCGGACCAGGGCUGCUGGACAUAUGGCAACAUCCGCGUAUCCGUGGAGGAAGCAGUGGUUCUGGUGGACUACACUAUCCGCAAGUUCUACAUCCAACAGGUGGGAGACGUGUCUGGAAAGAAGCUUUCGAGGCUCGUCACUCAGUUCCACUUCACCAGCUGGCCGGAUUUCGGGGUGCCCUUCACUCCCAUAGGCAUGCUGAAGUUCCUCAAGAAAGUCCGGACCUGCACCCCCCCUUACUCAGGCCCCAUUGUUGUCCACUGCAGUGCGGGUGUAGGAAGGACCGGUACCUUUAUAGUGAUUGACGCCAUGUUGGACAUGAUGAACAAAGAGAGGAAGGUGGACGUGUUCGGCUUCGUCACCAGGAUAAGAGCCCAGCGCUGUCAGAUGGUCCAGACUGACAUGCAGUACGUUUUCAUCUUCCAAGCUUUGUUAGAGCACUACCUGUAUGGAGACACAGAGCUAGAGGUGUCCUUGCUAGAGAGCCACCUAGCUAAACUCGGUGCCAGCUCGCCCGGAGCUGGCUGCAGUGGUCUGGAGACUGAAUUUAAGAAACUAACAUCCAUCAAGAUUCAGAAUGACAGGAUGAGAACGGGCAACCUGCCCGUGAACAUGAAGAAGAACCGAGUGCUGCAGAUCAUUCCAUACGAGUUUAACAGAGUGAUCAUCACAGUCAAACGGGGAGAGGAAAACACGGACUACGUCAACGCCUCCUUCAUUGAUGGUUACCGUCAGAAAGACGCGUACUUGGCGAGCCAGGGGCCCCUGCAGCACACCCUCGAAGACUUCUGGAGGAUGAUCUGGGAGUGGAAGAGCUGCUCCAUCGUCAUGCUCACUGAGCUGGAGGAGAGAGGGCAGGAGAAGUGUGCUCAGUACUGGCCCAGUGAUGGAGUGGUAUCCUACGGGGACAUCAUCAUCGAGCUUAAAAGGGAGGAGGAGAACGAGAGCUACACGGUGCGCGACCUCCUGGUCACCAACAGCAGGGAGAGCAAGUCUCGGCUCGUGCGUCAGUUUCAUUUCCACGGCUGGCCUGAGGUGGGCAUCCCUACGGACGGUAAAGGCAUGAUCAACAUAAUCGCUGCGGUGCAGAAACAGCAGCAACAGUCUGGCAACCAUCCCAUCACCGUGCACUGCAGUGCCGGUGCUGGCCGCACAGGGACUUUCUGUGCUCUCAGUACAGUUCUGGAGAGGGUGAAGGCAGAGGGCAUCUUGGAUGUCUUCCAGACAGUGAAGAGCCUCAGACUACAGAGACCGCACAUGGUGCAGACACUGGAGCAGUACGAGUUCUGCUACAAGGUGGUCCAGGAGUAUAUCGAUGCGUUUUCUGACUACGCCAACUUCAAGUAGGGCCUUGCCAUGGAUAGACGGAUGGAUAGACGGACGGAUGGAUAUCCACAUACACUUAUUACCAGUAUAAGCGUGUAGCAGAACACACACAACGUCUUGGGGCAACUGCAUAUUCCCGAUCAUGUGGAUGAUAAAAAGAAAGACUGAUUAUGCAAUCAGUGGAUGGGAAUAACUACCCGCUGGAAAAGGGAACAUGUCUACGCCUGGGGGACAGGGCAGGGCAGAUGGACACAAAAUUACUGAGAUGCCUUCUUGAAUAUUUUGUAAGGAUGUUGAUAACAAACCCGUCACCCCUUUUCUUGCUUUACAUCUUCACCCCCCAACAUGUAUAUAUAUACUUACUGUGUUACAUUUUAUCACUUUGUUUUCAGACACAGUUUUGAGUUUGGCUGCAUUUUCAAGUGGCACCUGUAAUGUAUUUUAUUGGUAUAUACAGAUAUAUAGAAAAAAAUAUAAAUAUAUAUGAAUACAAACCAAAUGUUUUGGUGGCUAAUGUGCAACAUCAAGCGUCAAGAUAAUGAUGUUUGGAUUUUUAUUUUUAUUUUAUUUUUAUUUUUUAGAGACAGAGACUUAAAAUAUUUUUGACUUCGGCUGAGCCUCAAUGUAGCGACACGUGUCAGGUAGCAGAAGCUUCAACAUGUCCCCCAAUAAACCCUGAACUGUCGUCCACUCCCCGACGUUCCUGCAAAAACGCAGAGUUACAAGCGGCUGACUCGGCAGAAAGGCCAUCCGACGCGCCCACGGCUUCUCUUUCUUCGAGGGGCUAGAAGCUGAUUCCCAGUUGCAGAUCUGAAUCUCCAAGACGUAGCUCAUAAUCUCAGGUUUUCGCGCACACACAAACGCACCCACUAACUACCGGGGGGAAUUUGGGUGUGUUUUUGUGUUCAAGCUGAAGUAUAAGGGGGCCAGAAGAGAUCCCAUUACUGUCUGCAGUCUGCUAUGUGCCAAAGUCCUUCACUAGCUCUGAAGUCUGACGACCCGCCCACCGUCUUUUACAACAAGCUGUCCAGCAGCAGAGGGACGUCGAUCAGACCCCAGUGGCCGAUCUCUGCUUGUUGCAAAAGCUUUGACCUGCCCGCGCGGAUUUUAGCCGAUUCAGAUAUUUCUCUAAGAAACUGUGAUAUUUACGGACAGCGUUGAAUAUAUUUUUUCCAGCCUUCCUGCCACGAGCGGUCGAUUAUUCGGAGCAGAGCCGAGGGGACGGCACGCGCUGUGCACAAGAGAGCGGUUACUGUGAAACAGGGUUUUACUAUUUCAAAAACAAAGACAACAUGAUAAUGGAGGUUAUAAUGAAACUGUUUAGCCUCUCACAUUAGCGACGGGUGUCGCCUUUAAUGGAGAUCCUCUACUUUAGGCCUGAGACGGUCCAGAAUCCUGCCAACAUGACCAAAUCCAGAAUGUUGGUUUGGCAGAGGUUGGACGCUGGGUUCCACCUUAUUUAGUCUUUGUUGCUCUCUCGCAGGCAGAAUGAACCGCAGACAUGUCUCAUGACGUCAUGGAAAAUAGACUUUCCUAUCAGAUGGCCUCUGUGCAUUCUCUGACUUCACUGGAGCUAAAAAUGGCUAACUUCGAUCCUUCCCUCGUUUGCAACGUCUACACUGAAGAGUGUUGCUGUUACCGCUGCCUGGUAGCUUUAAGGUUCACCAAUCAGAAGAGAGAAGAUUCUUUUUUUUUUAAAGUCUCUAAGCACCAAGUAAAAAAAAAAAAAAAGAGAGAUAUGAAGCUUAUAAAAUGUUUUUGAUUGUAUUUUAAACUUGUGUUACAGCAUCAGCACCUCGCUUGUGAAUGAGCCGAACCACAAACACAACCAGAACUUUAUCGUGGGUUUGGACUUUGUAAAUUCUAGAUAUUCGGCACAUUUUCUUUUUCCUUUUAGCUUCACAUACAUCCGCACUAUGCUUACCGCUUCUUUAAAGGACAAAUUUUAUUUUCUGCCCAACAUGCUAACUCUGCUAUGUUGGCUCAGCUUUUAGGAUUCCUUUUUGUUUUUUUAUUGUCAAACUUGAGCUGCAGUGGUUUUUCCCAACAUGCGAAGUCACUGAUGUGCCCUUUGUGAUUGUAUUGCAAGACAAAUGAUGUCAUUUCAACUUCUCCUGAGUUCACCUGAGUUCGCUCAGGAAAUGCCCGGCACGAGCAAUGUUUGAUUUAUCUGACUGAACACAUCAGAGUUUCCCUUCCUCUCCGACUGAACUGGAGGCACUGAGCUAAUUUUCCUCAACUGGAUUUUACCUGCAGUCAUUUUUUGAUGUUUUUUUUUCUUUUUAUUCGUUUCAUCCAUUUACCAAACACAGCCAUUCUCGUGCACAAUCUACGUAACAUUAACCUCUCUCCUAUUCGAUUCCCUUUUAUAAAAGGAACGAGCACAAUCACGUCCUCUUUCUGCGGUCAGAAAGUGCAUGCUGAAUUCGGAGAAAGGGGGAAUCGCAUCAAGUUGAUUGUUUGAGCACUCAAGCAAUAUUUGCACUAAAAGUGAAGCCCUUAAACCAACGAGUCAAACGAGACGGAACGUCAGAGAGAAAAUGGCAUCUUGCAUUUAGGAGACGGGGGGGCCGUCUUUAAAUUUUUCAGAAGCUCCUGCAGGUCUCCGAGCUCCCCCUCUAAGAGCCAUAUAUAGAUCCAAAGUAGCAGACCGUUCGACCGUUCUCUGAAAACUGUGCAUCCUGGUCUUUUCUUUGUCGUAAAGGCGUGAAAAAAGUGCCCGCACUCGUUAAGUGCCGUGCUCCUCCUUCGUUCGCGCUGCCUUUUACAGGGGGGGGCUGUUAUUUGAUAGAAAAGGAGGUGCUUAGUGCUUCUACCUGUGCUUAAAUCACACGGGUUUGUUGCACAGUUUGGAAAUCCUUUCACGACAUCGUGCCAACCCACGAGAUGAUCUAUUAGUAAGACAGUAUCUUAAAAAGUGCCUCGGCGGUAGGUUUUUAAAGCCAGCUGGAUCCCCAGGCUUUGCCCUCACAACUCAGUGGAAGCAAUGUAACCCCCCCCCCCCCCCCUCCCAUACAUGCACACGCAUCCCAAAGCCAUCACCUGUGCAACCAGUGAGGAGUCUUUUGUGCGGUAUAUAGACCGGGAGCCAAAAUCCAAGACUGUGUCGAUCAUUCUUUCCUUCACAUUCCCAUUUAGUUGCAUCCCUUGUAUGAGUAGACGAAACUAACGUUUAGAUGCUUUUGUGGUUAGUUUUACUUUAAUAUUCUCGCUUUGUUUCCAUAUCGGUUGAAUUUGGGUCCAUGACAGCUAAUCAGUUGUGGGUUUCUAUGAGUAUACAUAUGUAUAGUUGUUGUUUCUUUUUUUGUUUUUUUUCCCCCUACCUAAAAUAAUUAUCGUUGCAUCUUUAAUUAGGAUGAAAAAGUUUUUCUCAUUGGUUCCCUUUAUUCUCCAAGAUGUGUCCUGUGUGGGCAUUUUGGACGCUUCUACGAAAUCAAGGAGAAACAGCUGAGAGCUGGAGUGUAAAAUUCGUCUUCUUGUCACCUUCAGAUGUCUCUGAUUCCCUUCUGAUCCACUUAAUCCUUCAGCUUUGUCUUUGGGAUGGAUAAGUGGUCCAGAGUGGCCCUUCUUUUGUACAUAAUGUAAGUUUAUUUAUGUCAUUGUUGUCUGCUGCCACACUUAUUUGAUUUUUGUCCUCUCCCCCUUCUCUCCCCUUUUUUUUUUUUAAGGUGUUAACUGAACUGUAUCGGGACCAUUCUGAAAUGUUUAUAUGUUUUGGCCAUUUUUUGUUUUUUUUCUGGUAUGAAUGUCUUAAGUAAAUCUUUUUUUUUUAUCAUUUGCCUAACUUUGUUUCUAGUUUUUUGUUAUUCAUAUAUGAUGUAUAUAUAAUUAUAUAUAUGAUAAAAAUUAUAUAUAAUUAUAUGAUGCCAAAUGGCCUUUAUAAGCAAGAUACUGUUCAAACCUAAUAAAGUGCUUGGAAUUUUA